AUUCACAUAAUAUAGUAGUAUAAAUAAAAAUUUCAAGAUGGUUACAAUUGGUAUUAAUGGUUUUGGACGUAUCGGAAGAUUGGUGUUAAGAAUCGCUUUGGAAAGACCAGACAUUGAUGUCGUCGCUGUUAAUGAUCCCUUCAUUGCUCCCGACUAUGCAGCCUACAUGUUCAAGUACGAUUCUACCCAUGGCAGAUACAAGGGCACAGUCGAAUCUGAUGCUGAAAACAUCAUUAUCAACGGGAAGAAGAUCAGAGCAUUUCAAGAGAGAGACCCAGCUAACAUCCCUUGGGGAAAGGUAGGUGUCGACUAUGUUGUUGAGUCUACAGGUAUCUUCAAGAAGUUGGCUGGCGCACAAAAGCACAUAGACGCUGGUGCUAAGAAAGUUAUUAUCACUGCUCCUUCUCCAGAUGCCCCAAUGUUCGUUGUUGGUGUUAAUGAAGAUAAGUACACUCCUGACUUGAACAUCAUCUCCAACGCCUCGUGUACUACCAACUGUUUGGCUCCAUUGGCAAAGGUUAUUAAUGACAACUUUGGAAUUGAAGAAGGCUUGAUGACUACUGUUCACUCUAUCACUGCUACUCAAAAGACAGUCGACGGCCCAUCUCAAAAGGACUGGAGAGGAGGAAGAACCGCUUCUGGUAACAUUAUUCCUUCUUCUACUGGUGCUGCCAAGGCUGUCGGAAAGGUGAUUCCACAGUUGAAUGGUAAGUUAACUGGUAUGGCUUUGAGAGUCCCAACCGUGGAUGUUUCUGUAGUCGACUUGACAGUGAAAUUGGCUAGACCAGUUACCUACGAGGAAAUCUGUGCUGCUAUGAAGAAAGUCUCAGAAGGUGCCUUGAAGGGCGUCAUUGGGUACACCGAAGAAGCCGUCGUUUCUAGUGAUUUCGUCACUUCCACCUACUCGUGUGUGUUCGAUGCCAAGGCUGGUAUUUUGCUUUCUCCUCAAUUCGUCAAGUUGAUUGCCUGGUAUGAUAACGAGUACGGUUACUCAGUUAGAGUUGUCGACUUGUUGGAAAAGGUUGCGGCAACUAAAUAGUUGUAGUAUUUGUUAUUUCAUAUAUAUGUCUCUCAUUAUGAACUUCUUUUAUUGAAUACGAUGUUAAUGACAUUAGUUUUUUAGGCGGUG